UAAUAAUUUUGAUAUUUGUGGGUGGGUCCCACUCUUCCUCCUAGGUACUCUAUCCGCCAUUAUUAUAUCUUCCUCAACCAGCAACCUCUUUUUACAAAAACACAUACUCCCACAUUCUUCUUCUUCUUCUUCUUCUUCUUCUUCUCUCUCUAUCUCUCUCUCUCUCUAACACACACACACCCACACACACACACACAAACACGUGAAAAUGGCUGAAAGUGUUGAAGGUGAAGGGUUCUGGUUGCCGGCGGAGUUUCUGACCGACGAUGAUUUUCUUCCGGGUAAGGAGAAUCUCAACAAGAGUUUCAACACUGAGUCACUGUCCGAGUUACGCUUCCCCACUGAGUUCCCCUACGAUUUUGAAUCCGAGCGAAAACAAAUUCCUGAGAAGUUAUGGCUGAUGUCAACUUCACCUCAGUCAACGCUGACGCGCAUGGGAAGCUGGACCGCCCGAAGCGCCGGUGGGUCGAGCAACGUCAGCCCAAACUCCUCCACGCCGGCCCCAAAAACGCAGUUCGCCGCUAAAAAAUACGACGUCGUCGGGGAUCUGGUUUACCAUGCCGCCGGUCAGGUUAUGAAGCUCAAGCUGAACCACGGUGAUGUGUUAGGAGGGCUUCAGCCAACUAGGGUUCCGCCGAGAAGCCGCCCCCAGUUUUACCCGGACUCCGAAAAUCCCAGCCCCCCUGUUUUCCCACACAGAAAUUUUCAGCAGCAGAACGAGUGCUGUGGAGAGUGGUACAGUCAGCAAAGAGUGUAUCAAAACAGGGGAGUGAGGAAUCUCUCCGGAGCUGGUCAAACUGCAUGGACCAUCCAGCAAAACCCGACCCGUGUAAGAGCUAUUUCUUUCGUCGGCGGCGGCGGCGGUGGUGGUGGGGCGGCGGCGAGAAGGGGGAGUGCUGGGACAGGGGUAUUUUUACCUCGGAGAUACGGGAAUAAUAAUAAUAAUAAUAAUAAUGACAGCAGCUCGUCAGAUUCUCACAUGACGACAGGUUGUUCGACUCCCCUGUUUCACGGUAGACCAUCUGCUAAUUCUUUUGCGCAAUCUCGUGUACAACAGCCCCAGCCUCGAAUCGCCGGAGGCUUCAUACCUAAUUACAAUCAAUCGAUGGUUCGAAGGCAAGCAAUAGUCCUUCAAGAAAGGCAACGUUUACUAAAUUCACUGAUCGAACGUGAUCUUUUGCUACCACGGGACUGGACUUACUGACUCAGUUCGUAGGUUUAUUCCCGAGGGCAUUAUCGUCUUUUCUCAUGGAGUAUGAUGUUUUAGGGCGGGUGUGGGUGGUGUUUGU